CCUCCCCUCCAUCCGCCAUGAGCGUCAUCACCGAGCACUCCCUCUCCCCCGCCCCCUGCACCCUCAAGCACCGGAUCAAUCCCCCCCAGCGGGCCCCUCCCCGACGCCCCCGAUCGCAAGAACGCCGCCGCCCUCAUGGCCAAGAAGUCCCCGACGACCGCGCCGGCUGGCUCGGCGGCGCCAUCUACGGCCCGGCCUCGUUCGUGAACUGGACGCGGCGGGACGUGGCCCACGUGGCGCGGCACCACUGGAUCCCGUGCGUCUUCGCGGCGUGCCUGCUCUUCUUCAUGGGCGUGGAGUACACGCUCCGCAUGGUCCCAGCGUCGUCGCCGCCGUUCGACAUCGGGUUCGUGGCCACGCAGGCCCUCCACCGGCUGCUCUCGUCGUCGCCGGAGCUCAACACCCUCUUGGCCGCCCUCAACACGGUGUUCGUGGGGAUGCAGACGACGUACAUCCUGUGGACGUGGGUGAUCGAGCGCCGGCCGAGAGCGACCAUCGCGACGCUCUUCAUGUUCACUUGCCGUGGCAUUCUGGGCUACUCCACUCAGCUCCCUCUUCCUCAGGGAUUUUUGGGCUCAGGCGUGGACUUCCCCGUGGGCAACGUCUCCUUCUUCCUCUUCUACUCCGGCCAUGUCGCGGGCUCGGUGAUCGCCUCCCUAGACAUGAGGAGGAUGCAGAGGUGGGAAUUAGCAUGGCUCUUCGACGCCCUCAACGUGCUACAAAUGGUGAGGUUGCUUGGCACGAGAGGCCACUACACCAUCGACUUGGCUGUCGGGAUUGGUGCCGGGAUCCUGUUCGACUCUCUCGCCGGAAAGUACGAAGAGAGCAAGAAGAUGAGCAAAGGUGGAAUUGGCAAUGGGAUUCCAAAGGAGGCUCUCAUGACUUGAGUUGGACACGCGUGUUGGACCAAAAAAAUAAAAAUUAAAAAAAACAGCACAUAAACGUGUACCAUAAGCUUGACCUGUUGCCGUGAAGGCUUUCUUCUUUGGGGGGGAACGAACGGAGAAAUUCACAAGAAAAGGCAAACGGUAGGGACAGAGAAGUUGGGAUUGGAUGCUCAGAAAUUUUUUUUGUGCCUUUGAAUUUUCACUUUUUUUUUUCUUUAUUUGUUCUUUUUCUGAUGACAUUCUCUAGUUAUCUUUUCUCUCACAAAUCAAAUUAAAUUCUCAAA